GUGUCAAUGAUUGAAAACGUUGAAGGUUGAAAACACGUUUUUACUUUGAUCGCAGUUUGGUAGCUUCCCUCCUAACGAUAAAUUUUUCUAGCUUGUGCGAAAAUGAGUUCUAAACUGCAGCAAGCACUAGAUUGUUCUCUCGAGGAUUAUAUUGCGGAAAAGGGUAUUGUUAGUACCCUACGACCACAACAGAAUGGUUCGACGAAACCAGGGUACUUCAAACGACCACUUCGCUCGGAAACCGAAGAAGACGAGAACGAGGAUGAUAGGUUUUUUGAGGACCGAAAUGGAAUGGAUGUUACACCGAGCACUCAGAGUAAAGAAUCGUUGACUGCCAUUGAAGCAAAAGAGCAAUCAUCUGAGGAAACAAAUGCGGCAGACGUUGAUAUGACUUUACAGCUAGAUACAAACACAGAGCAACGCACGUUUGUUACCGAGGAAUUCAAACGAGGCAUCAAGCAUAUGCCCUCGCAGCAAUGGCGUCUUUUGCGACAAAAUCAAGUCUGGCAGAAACCGUCCGGUGUACCGCCACUCAAGGCUAUGUUCGACCGUAACACCGAACAGUUGAUUGCCUCGUUUGGCGAAAAUGCACAGUUCCGCAAUGCUGACGCUCGUAACCGUAUCAACCAAAAGUUCAACAACCAACGAAACAACCGAAAUUUCAAUCAGCAGAAUAACAGAAAUAAUAAUGGCAAUAACAGAAGAAACUGGAAUAAUCGUAAUCGGAACCAAUACGGAAAAAGUCCGUACAUGGUUCCCAGCUUCAAUCCAAACGUGGAAAAGAUGGAGCAUCGCAGUAAUACACAAAUAGUCAAUAACAACGGCAACGGUAAUCAGGUCCAAGAUCUACGCACAUUUAUCACGCCGCCCUCUUCACUGCAGUCCUUUGCUGGUCAAGGUCUGAAUCGACCAGGCCCUUCGUUUGGUCAACCACAGUUGGUAACCUUCGCCGAUAUGCUUAAUCGGAUCGGACAAGCUUCGACCAUGCAAGACCGGGACACAUUCACAGACGUGAUUCGCAAUGUGAUGCGUACCCAGCAACAACAACAGGCGAGCGCAAUGAUGCCGGCCAUGAAUCCGGAAAGUUUUUCCCGUAUGAGCUCGAACGAGCUGAUGCCGUUUGCGGCGCAAACCUUGCUCAAUCAUAUAUCGACCGUACAGGAGAACUUUGGUCCUAAGUAUGACAUGAAGGUGCAGAAGGAAAUACACACGCUGCAGGGUAAGACGAUGUUCUACCGGUCAUCCGGUGUCGUAAGUGCCGACGGACCGGGUAUCAACGGCGAACACAUUAAACCGGUCACGACCGAUUUGAGUAUGAAUAUGCGUUUUAGUUAGGCAGUUAUUUUACGUUAGUAUGUUUUUGCGGCAACGAUUUUGUUAUUUGUUAUGUUGACUUACUUAAAAAAAGAGAGAGAAGUGUGAACAAAUUGAAGUUCCGCGUUCGGUUGUUUUUUGACUCGAUUCUUAGGUUAAUGGACCUAUGUAGUACGAAGUAUAUUAAUGUGCGCAGGUUAUAAUAAAACUUGCAGUUAAAGCUCUGAACUGUUAGAUACAUAUCAUUUUAUGUAAGUGGUUUCUUUAUCAAUAAAAAGCGAUUGGUUGAAACGAAAUAUUUCAAAAUAAAA